CGGUAGUUUUUGAGAGAGAAAAGCAGAAACUGAAAACAAAGAACAGCUGAUACGUGACAAGUACGGCAGUGGAAAAGUACUCAAAGCGGUCAUAAUUGAUUGAAUUCCCACUAAAAAGGGCUUGAAUUGUCCAAAAAAUUUGAAGAUAAGUGUGAAAGUACGCGACUGUGUGCCAAGAAUCACGGAAAUAUUAAGAAAUGGGCAGAACUUUCCUGGAGCAUAUGGGAGGUGUAAAGCUAUUUUCCUGCCAUGCCUGUGACGCGAACUUGACAAAUAAGACGGAAUUAAUUAGCACCCGGUUCACUGGAGCGACGGGAAGAGCGUACCUUUUCAAGCGUGUUGUCAAUUUAACGUACAGCAACGUGCAGGAUCGUGUAAUGCUGACGGGACGUCAUAUGGUGCGCGACGUAAUGUGCAAGAACUGUUCGGCUAAGUUGGGAUGGAUGUACGAAUUUGCCACUGACGACUCUCAAAAAUACAAGGAAGGAAGAGUCAUUUUGGAGUAUGCCCUUAUAGCGGAGUCAGAUGGAUUUCUAGAUCCUUACAAUCCACGUAAUUAUCCGGAACAUUAGCAUUUCUUUUGAUAAAUAUUUUUAAUUGGCUUCAAAGAUUCUUUUUUACUGCAGAUCUGUAUUUUAUUAUAUCAUUUUUAUAUUUAACAAGAUUAUAUUUAAGAUGUAAAAGAAUUUAUUUAUGAUAAUUUAAUUCUUGAUUGGAAACCAUCAGACAGAAUUUUUUAAGGCAAUUUGUAUUUCAUUUUCCCUUGUUCUGAAGAUGAUAAGAGUUAAGUGACUUUAAUUUCAUACUGAUUAUAAGACUUUUAUUGAGAUGAAUUGCUGAUUUCACGGAAGUAAUUUUUCUGUAGAAAUUUAAUUGCAAAAGAAACUGCAAAAAUGUUUCGAAACCAUCUGCAAAAUUGGUUUCAAAACGCUUUGUUAAACGUAUAUCGCAUGUUGUGUUAAACAGUUUGUCUAUUCUAGAUUAACUCUUCCUAUAAGGAUGCACCUCCUUUUUAAUGAUUUUCGCAUAUUGUGUUGAUUUUAGAACACUGUAAUGAGCAAUAAUCCAAUUUAAAAAAAUCUGGUAGUCACUUUGGAUACAUUUCAAAUAUUAUUGGGGAAAAAUAUAUUCGUUGCUUAAGUUAAAACGUGUACAUAAACAAUUAUAUAUAAGCAAACAAUAAAUACGUCUGCGAAUCCCUUCAA